AUGCAAUUCUCCACUGUUCUUGUCACCUUGGCUUCUCUUGCUGCUGUCAAUGCAGCUUCUAACUCAACUAACGGCACCACCACAAGUAGUGUCUCCACUGCAGGCGCUCCAGCUAACGCUUACGGCUCUGUUGCCUUGGGUGCAGUUGCUGCUGCAGCAGUGGCUCUCUUCUAA